AACGGAUCACAGAUCAACGGAAAGAGCCGAAGAUGUUGGCUCGGUCAUGUGAUCAGCUGUGUCCAAUCACAGCCGAUCACUGAUCAUCAGGGCACUGAUGAUCAGUAUGCCAUGAUGAUCUGUGUAUCCCCAGCAGUGGCACCUGUCAGUGUCCAUCAGUGCCAGCUGUCAGUGCUCAUUCAUGCCACCUGCCAGAGCCCAUCAGUGCCACAUCAAUGCCACAUAUCAGUGCCUACCAGUGCACAUCAAUACCACAUAGCAGUACCCAUCUGAGCUGCCUUUCAGUGUCACCCAUCAGUGUCAGUCAAUGCCACCUAUCAGUGCUGCCAAUCAGUGCCACCUAUCAGUGC